AUGGCUGCUUUACCCCCUGAACGUGCGUCUCUUUCGAGACCGUUUACCCAUACUUGUUUAGAUUUCGCAGGUCCGUUCGACUUAAAAUCCUACAUUGGUAGAGGUUGCCGAAUAACAAAAGGUUAUGUUCUCGUGUUUGUUUGUUUUGCCACAAAGGCGAUUCAUUUAGAGCCAACCGGUGAUAUGUCGGCCGAAACAUUUCUUGCUGCGUUUGCCCGUUUUUUCUCUCGUCGAGGUUGUCCUGCUCAUGUUUACUCGGACAACGGAACUGCAUUUGUCGGUGUUGCUAAUUUACUGGAAGUUGACCGAAAGCAGUUUUUACUCCAAUUGAAGCAAAAAGUACUUGUACGAAAUAGUUCUCAGCCAGUUGAAUGGCAUUUUAUACCCCCUGGGGCCCCUCAUAUGGGCGGCUUAUGGGAAGCCGGCGUUAAGAGUGUAAAAACUCAUUUUCGCAAAAUUGCUGGAAUGCAAAAAUUUACAUUUGAGGAGUUUACAAAUAUGUUAAGCCGUAUUGAAGCUUGCCUAAACUCAAGACCAUUAACUGCUAUGAGCGAUAAUCCCCUUGAUUUAGUCCCAUUUACCCCUGGUAAUUUUUUGAUUGGAGCACCUCUUUUGGCACCCCCUGAACCCAAUCAUUCCGAUCUUUCUUUGAGUAUUGCAUCAGUUUGCUCUGCGAUGGAAAGAGGAAUACCUCAAAGAACUCCAUCGGCGAACUGA